AAAGUGCUUAACCCAGCAGCUGCAUAGAAGUCCUAACCAACUAAAGGAAACCUCAUCCAAAGGCAACAACAAUGAAGUUAACCAUGAUCCUAAGUGUGCUAGCUAUGCUGGCAGCCUUGGCCCUGGCGCAGCCUGUGACCCCAGAGCCAACAGAGCUCAAGGAUCUAGAGCCGACCGACGGACAGGCUGCGCAGGAAGUGGAUCAAGCAGAGAUCGACUCCGAAGGGCCAUCAGACGUAGAGGCAGCUGUUGCCCAACUUUUACGCCAGGAGGCAGCGCAGGAUGUGCCGGCGACCGAGUCACACAGUCGCCAGAAACGCGCCGUCUGUCGUUGCUACAGACGUGCUCGCAAUGCUAUCGUAUGCUAUUGCCGCUAGAGGGCGUCUUUAUAGUAAACCAAUUACUCACAAUGUUUAAUGAAAACAAAUAAAUAUUUGUACAUAUAGCCAUGAAUCAUACAAGUUGUCCGUAUAAACUUCGUAUUGCUAUAUCAAUUACAGAGUAUGCACAACAAGAUGUUUUUACUACCACUAAAAUGGCACCAUUUCCCACCUGACGCGAUUUUUAAAAGUAAAUCAUGCAAUUGUUUUCUGUGUUGCCAUAUGGUAGCGACUGGGCAAUAAUUAACGUUACUCGCCCAUAGAGGGCGCCAGCACGCGUUUUGUUUCAAUUAAUUAUAGUUUCACGAAUAUAUAGUUUAAAGUUCAAAACAGCUGCAGACAACGCAACUUUGACGUAGAAACGUGAAAUGUCUGCGAUUUGUUUACUUUUAUACUUUGCACGCUAA